CAUGGCCUAUUUUAUUUUACUUUCAGUUUUGUUUCUGCUGCAGCAUGUGAUUUCUUUUAACUCCUUCUCUCUCUCUCUCUCUCUCUCUCUCUCUCUCUCUCUCUCUCUCUCUCUCUCUGUGUGUGUGUGUGUGGUCAGCUUACAUAAAAGAGGAGCAAAGAGAGCAGGAGGGAGGAGAGCAGAAGGGAGCCUGAGGAGGCAGCAGCAGCUGAGAACUGCACUUGGACCUGUGCUGUGGGACCAGAUUCAUCUACGUUGGCAGGUUGCUAUGACCCAACCACAAAUGGCUCCCAUUUGCCUUGUGGAAAACCACAAUGAACAGCUGUCAGUGAACCAGGAAGCCAUAGAGAUUCUGGACAAGAUUUCUCAGCCAGUGGUAGUCGUGGCUAUUGUUGGAUUGUACCGUACAGGGAAGUCCUAUUUGAUGAACUGUUUGGCGGGACAGAAUCACGGCUUUCCUCUGGGCUCCACCGUGCAGUCUCAGACCAAGGGCAUCUGGAUGUGGUGCAUGCCACACCCCACCAAGCCAGAGCACACCCUGGUCCUCCUGGACACUGAGGGCCUGGGGGAUGUGGAAAAGGGUGAUCCUAAGAACGACUUGUGGAUCUUUGCCCUCAGCGUGCUUCUGAGCAGCACCUUCAUCUACAACAGCAUGAUCACCAUCAACCACCAGGCCCUGGAGCAGCUGCAUUAUGUCACAGAACUCACAGAGCUGAUCAGAGCAAAGUCUUCCCCAAAUCCUGCUGGAAUAAAGAAUUCCACAGAGUUUGUGAGUUUCUUUCCAGACUUUGUCUGGACUGUUCGGGAUUUCAUGCUGGAGCUGAAGUUAAAUGGGGAAGACAUCACAAGUGAUGACUACCUGGAGAAUGCCUUGAAGCUGAUCCCAGGUGACAAACCCAGAAUGCAAGCAUCCAAUUCAUGCAGGGAAUGCAUCAGACUUUUCUUUCCUAACCGGAAGUGUUUUGUCUUUGACCGGCCAACGCAUGACAAAGAACUUUUACAAAAACUUGAUUCUAUCACAGAAGACCAACUGGAUCCUAAGUUCCAGGAAGUAACAAAGGCUUUUGUUUCUUACAUCUUCACUUAUGCCAAGAUCAAGACCCUAAAAGAGGGAAUUAAGGUCACUGGGAAUAGACUAGGGAUUCUGGUGACAACCUAUGUGAAUGCCAUCAACAGUGGAGCAGUGCCUUGUCUGGAUGAUGCUGUGACAACUCUGGCCCAGCGUGAGAACUCAGUAGCUGUGCAGAAAGCAGCCGACCACUAUAGUGAGCAGAUGGCCCAGCGACUGAGGCUUCCUACAGAAACGCUCCAGGAGCUGCUGGAUGUGCAUGCAGCCUGCGAGAAGGAAGCCAUGGCUGUCUUCAUGGAGCAUUCCUUCAAGGACGAAAAUCAGCAAUUCCUGAAGAAGCUGGUGGAAUUAAUAGGAGAGAACAAAGAGCUUUUCCUGUCGAAGAAUGAAGAGGCAUCAAAUAAAUACUGUCAAGAAGAACUGGAUCGACUUUCAAAGGAUUUUAUGGAAAAUAUUUCAACAUUUUUUGUUCCUUGUGGACACAAGCUUUACAUGGACAAGAGGGAGAAGAUUGAACAUGACUACUGGCAGGUUCCCAGGAAAGGGGUGAAGGCAAGUGAAGUCUUCCAGAGCUUUCUGCAGUCACAGGCCUUCAUCGAGAGUUCCAUCUUGCAGGCAGAUACAGCGCUCACUGCUGGGGAGAAGGCCAUUGCAGAGGAGCGUGCCCAGAAGGUGGCGGCAGAGAAGGAGCAAGAGCUGCUAAGACAGAAGCAGAAGGAGCAGCAGGAGUAUAUGGAGGCUCAAGAGAAAAGUCACAAGGAAAACCUAGAGCAACUGAGAAGGAAGCUGGAGCAGGAGAGAGAGCAGGACAUCAAAGACCAUGAUAUGAUGCUGAAGAAGCUAAUGAAGGAUCAAAAGGCUUUCCUUGAGGAAGGAUUUAAGAAGAAAGCUGAAGAAAUGAACAAAGAGAUACAGCAACUGAGAGAUGUCAUCAAGGAUAAGAAAAGAAACACUGAUCGAAUUAAGGAGGCUCUCUUAAAUGGAUUUUCUACAGUUCUUUUUCAUUACCUUGUCCGUUAUCUAAAGCAUUUAUGAUUGAGUCCUUCACAUUUGUGGAAAUGAUAGACUGUGAAAUACACUUUGUUUCAUACAUGCCUGCAAAGACAAUGUUAGCCUUUAGAGGACACAUUUUUGAAAUGAGUCCUAUGGAAGCUAUGCAAGUAGUAAUUACAUGUGAUUACUGUUGGCCAAUUUGACUGCAUAGAGAAUCAGCAAGGAGACAAGGUUUUCUGUACUCCUAUGAGGACCAUGUAGCCCAGGUUAGCUUGUGGGGGACUGUCUCAGGUUAAUAUUGUAGGAAACACAUCCUACGGGUGGGCAGCACUGUUCCUGUGGACUGAAGAAACAGAGAAAGAUGAAAACAAAUGGCCCUACCACUUGUGGCUUCCUGACUGUGGAUGCUAUACAACAAGCCAGGCUCAACUUCUCUCAGAAUGCAUUCUCCAGCCUUGACACAAUGUAUCAUCAUGAUUCAUAGACCCCAACAAACCCUUUCUUAAGUUGGUUUUGUGAGGGUAUUUCAUCUCAGCAAGAGGAAAAGUCAUUGAUAUCAUAAUCGUGAUAAUCCUGGAAACUACUUAAACAUCACUUGUUAGAUUGGCAAUGAAAUUUAAUAUGACUUGAUCUUGGCGUACUAUAUAGUCAAGAAACAAAUGUCAGUCAAGCUAUCUGUAAAAUGAUCUGAAUUGUACUAAAAUGUACCCAAAAGAUAAAGUCAAAACACCAUACAACUGUGUGAUUAUUAUUAGAAAUGCUACUAUCCCAUGCAAACAUACAAGAACACAAAUGAAAUGCCCUCUGGAAGAUUAGUAAAAAGCCUGGUCUACUGGCUUCAUCUAGAGAGAUUAAGUUGGAGCCAAAAGUUGAAGGGAUGUGUGCAUUCCAUGACGUUCUCAGUCUUACACAUUUCAUGAAGAGUGCUGGGAAAGUGACAGUGAUAGUGACAAUAAGUUAAAACUCACCACUGCAUGAUGAAACAUCUGCUUCUAGAAAUGGUAUAAGCCACUAGAAGUCACCCAAGAACAAGACUUGAGUACCAGGAAGCAUAACAUUUGCAGCUUAAUGAUGUUUUCCUUUAAGGCUUUCCAUUUUUAAAAGUAAUUUAAAUAGUGCAUUUUUUUGUAAAACCACAUAUCAAAAUGUUAUUUCAACAGGCAAUCAAAAUAAUUUAUGCAUGCUUUUUACAUCAAAUUUAUUUAUUUGCAAAGUAACAGGGAAACUGUAUUAAGAGCCAUAUGAUAAUAUAGAGUAUAAGAGAAUACAUGGGGCACAUGGGAGGUGGAGAGCUCAGAGAUGGCUCUGGGUCAAGAAUGCACAAUGCUUAUCCAGGGUAGCUCAGUUCCUGGGGCAGGUAACAACUACCUGUAAAUCUAACUCCAAGGGACCUGACUUCCUUUUCUCAAACCCAAGGGUCACUGUUACUUCCAUCACAUAUCCUCAGCUUACACAUAUACAUACUUACAAGUAAGAUUUAAAGGAAUAUACUGUUAACAUUGAUAAUGGACCAUAUGAGUAAAGACACAAGGACACUUAUUAGUGCAUUAAUGAAUAUGAUUUAUUUAAGGUGUACCCACCCCAGCUCCUCUAAGACAUCCUCAAAUUACCCUCGCACCUUCAUGUCUUCUCUUCCCCCACCUCUUCCUCUUUCCUCAUACCCUGAAUAAAUUAAUGCUGCCCUCAUGUCCCUGGGCAUUAGACACCAUCUACCAGACCAUGGACAAUUGAUCAUGACCCAAACCCUCAUAGAAAACACACUCCCUCUCCCAGUCACCAGAUAUCAACUGCUAGUAGUUCCUCAGCUAGGGGUGGGGUCUCAUGAGCUCACUGCCUCUCCACACUGGAUGUUGACUGGCUUCAUAGUAUGUAUCUUGUUUCAACAAAUAUCACUAUUGUCGUAGCCCCAUCAUAUCCAGAAAAUAUUAUUUUAGAACAGUAUGGUCUUAUUUUUAUGCUUAAAUUAAUUAUUUCAAAAUUAAAAUGUAGACAUUCUUAAGAUUUCUGGAAUCUUGGAGAAGCCUACUUCGUCUCUAUUAAUGCCUGUGAAAUGUCAAGUUCAAAAGAAUGAACUGUGUAAAGGAGAGAGAGAGAUCUUGGUGCUGUUUUAUUGGGAGCCAUUUUGUUUGCUUCAGUGAAAGCUGACCUGCCAGGCACAAUCAAGUCAGGUUAGGGUCUGCUGGCAGAUUUCCUGGCCUACUGACUCAUGGAACUACAAGAGGAAAUACACUUGAGGCUCAAGGCAAGGGGGUGAAAGUUCAAUUCAUCUUGGUGGUUGGAACAGGAAAUCCUCUGGAUAAGAAAAGAUGUCCUGUGUGUACAUUAGCCAUUAUUUCUGCUACCUUGUGACAUUGUUUCUCAUGAUACUGAGAGAUAUAAUAAAGCUAAGAAAAAUAAACUUGAGGUUGAUGUGGUAUUCACCUGCAACCUUCCCAAUUCUAA